UCGAUUUUUGACAAUGGCGUUUUUAAUGAAAAAGAAGAAGUUUAAAUUUCAAACCAGUUUUACCCUUGAGGAACUAACGGCCGUGCCGUUUGUUAACGGGGUGCUCUUCUGUAAAAUCAGGUUGUUGGACGGUGGAGACUUCACAACUUCAUCAUCCAGAGAGGAGGUCCGGGAGAACUGUGUUCGCUGGAAGAAGAAGUUUUCCUUUGUCUGCAAGAUGAGCGCUAACCCUGCAACGGGAGUGCUGGACCCCUGCAUCUGCCGAGUCUCCGUCCGCAAGGAACUCAAAGGAGGAAAGACAUUUUCAAAGCUGGGUUUUGCUGACCUCAACCUGGCUGAGUUUGCGGGUUCAGGCUCCACCGUGCGCUGCUGUCUGCUUGAGGGCUAUGACACCAAGAACACCCGGCAGGACAACUCGAUAUUGAAGGUUACAAUUGGGAUGACGCUUUCGUCUGGAGAUCCUUGCUUCAAAACGCCCCCCAGCACAGCCAAGUCCAUAUUUAUCCCGGGGCAGGACCCCUCCCUACAGCUGGACUGUAAGGGCGAGGGGACUGGGGGCCCUACCACAAUGGGACGUACCCACAGAUCCAGGGCCCCAACUCUCAACUCAGGUCUGCCAGAAGAACCAGAUCAGAAUUUGUCCAGUCCAGAUGAGGUCUUCCGCUCUGGCCACUCACGCAACUCCAGCUAUGCCAGUCAGCACAGUAAGACAUCAGCCUGCAGCACAGAGCACUCCGGCUCCUCCAGCCAGACGGACCUCACCCACCGCCGCAACACCUCUACCAGCAGCAGCGCCUCCGGGGCCCCCAGCACCACUGGAGAGGCCCCCCCAGAGCCCGAGAAGGAGCCCAGCCGCCCCGAGAGACCCCCGCGCCCCCCACCUCCCAACCUGCUCUCCAACAGACCCUCCAGGCGAAAGAAGGACACAGUGGAGAGUCACCCCACUUGGGUUGAUGACACACGCAUCGAUGCUGACGACAUCGUGGAGAAAAUUGUUCAAAGCCAGAACUUUGCCGACGUCUGCAACAACGAAGACAGUAACCUGAGACUGUUUAUUAGCCGUGAUGGAACCACAGCACUGAGCGCAAUUCAGCUGGGGAACAGGGUGUCAGCCGGUGUGUUUGAGCCUGUAGUGAUUGAGAGUCAUUAGGACCCUGGCAGUUCUAGUCCUGCGGCAGAUGGAUCCUUGCCAUCCUUGGUCUCAUCCUGGCAUGUGGCUCCUACAGAUUCCCCAGAAAUGAAAGUGUCCUCUCCUGUGUGUGUGUGUGUGUGUGUGUGUG